UAUGAAAGUGCUCGUAAUAUUUGCAUUGGCUUUUGCCUUCGUCUCGGCAUCGAUUCUAAAUUAUGAACAAGCUUCGGUUCGCGAUAGUCCCGAUGUUGGCAUCACUAGAGGACAUGACGCUUCGCCUGGUCAGUUUCCCUACCAAGUCGGACUUUUACUGCAGAACUAUACAGGAAAUUAUACCUACAAGUGGGAGUGUGGUGGCUCCUUGAUUAACAACACUUGGGUUCUUACGGCGGCCCAUUGUACUUACUGGGCUGAAAAGGUCACCGUUAAAUUGGGCAGCAUUUUGAAUUCCUAUCCACUGAUACAGCACACCGUGACCAAAAAGAAUAUUUUUUACCAUGAGAACUUUAGCAACAAGACUUUGGUCAACGAUAUCUCACUCAUUCGCAUUCCACGUGUUAAAUUUAACAAAUUCAUUGAAGCGGUUAAGCUGCCAGAGCUGAAGACACAUGCCGAUACCUACACUGGACAUGACUCGAUUGCCUCCGGAUGGGGAAUUACUUUGAACGCUAGUAAUAUGUACCCCGAUGUACUGCAGUAUACACACUUUAUGAUCUUGAGCAUGAACAUUUGCACAGCAUCAUGGGGCAAUGAGAUCACUAAAUCAAAUCUUUGCGUUUCUACUAAACUGGGCAACUCCAUUUGCAAUGGUGACUCUGGUGGCCCAUUGGUAGAUUCUCGCAGCAGGGUUCUGAUCGGUGUGAGCUCCUUUGUUAACAAAGGUUGCCAGACGGGAUACCCGGCUGUCUUUAUUCGAGUGACUAGUUACCUUGGGUGGAUAAUGCGAGUCAUUAAGUCAUAA